AUGAGGUUUAAUACUUAAAGAAAUAUGUCUAAAUAUACUUUAACAUAGAUUUAAGAUAAUAAGGGAUAAAAAAUUAACGAAGUUGAGGGAAUACUCAGUUUAAUUGUUGAUAAGCAAUGCAUCAGUGACGAAGAAGGUAUGAGCUCGCUCAUUUCUUUACUACAGAAAAAUAAAUCUAAGAUACAAGGUAUAGUUAUUUAAGAUUUUGAAGGAGCAUUUAAAGUAGAUUAUCUCAAGAGAAUAGAGCUAAAUCUAAGAGAGGUAAAGAAACUAAGGCUCAUAAUCAUAUAAAACUCUAACUUAAAUAGAGAUCACAUUCAAAUACUUAGAAAUAUUAUUUGGUGGAGAAGGGAUCAACUUGAAAAGAUCUAUUUGAAUAAGAAUUCAAUAGACUCCUUUGAUUUCAAAGAUUUGUUUGUCUCUAAUGAUUUCAACUUCACUGAUUUGAAAAAUUUAAAAAUGCUUGACGUCAAAGUAUAGCCAGGAAUCAAUAAGUUGACAAAAAAUCAGUUUAAUUAAUUUGCAAAUCUAAUUUCUAAGAGUAAUGUUAAAAUAACAACUAAGAAACAAAACGCAAAUAGUAGAGAAGGUUUAUACAUAUCUUUAGACGAAACAUCUCUAAAUAAUAGAAAUAGACAACUCUUAAAAUAAAGCAGUGAUACCUUAAGUUCUAUUCACUUGGAGGAAACUAAUACAUAAAGAUUAUUCUAUUCUUUGAAUUUUGGUGGAUGCUUUUCAGAUAAAAACGAAGCUGGUCUCAGAAAUCUGGGUGAAUAUCUAAUAGGAGAGAAUUUUGAUGACAUUACAACUUUAUCUUUCAAAAAGACUACUCUCAAAAUGCAAGAAAACUGGAUUCCUAUUUUUAGCUUUUUAAAAAGAACAAAAAGUAUUUUGAACAUUGACUUAUCUUCUUGCUAACUAAACGACAAAUCAAUUAUAAAUUUAUUCACAAGCUCUUUUAAUAUAAAGCAGAUUGAUAUUAGUGAUAACAAUAAUAUUUAAAUGAAUGGAUGGAUAAAGAUAUUUAAAUGUCUGAUUUGCAAUCAGAGUUCUGUCACUGAUAGUAUAAGAAUAGAUAAUUGCUAUUUCUAGGAUGAAGAAAUUAUCAAAAUAGGUGAGAUGAUAAAUAGUUUUUAUAAGAAUGUCAGAAAUACUAAUUAUAAUUGUCCACUUAGGAAAUUCUACUUUAAUAAAAACAAUUAAAUUUCUCUUUAAGGAUGGGAAAGCCUUUUUGGAGGGUUUUUCAAAUUGACUGCAAAUAAUUUAGAAAUAUUAGAAUUAAAGAGCUGUGAUUUAGAUGAGAGAAAGUUAUAGGCAAUCUACAAAGCCUUUUCUUCAUCAAUAACUUCUAAUUGUGCUUUAUAGCAGCUUGUGCUUAGAUAAAAUCCAAGCAUCGGAAAUUCUUAAGUGUUGUGCUAGUUUGUUAAAUUUAUCUUUGAAAAGGUUAGAGACUUUUAGAAAUUAGACAUAUCGAAUUGUUAAAUUACUGAUUAAAUAUUUACUGAGAUUUUGAAAAGUUAUUCUUCAAAUGAUACAAAUUUAGCAGAGAUUGUCAUUAAGAAUAAUCCAAAUUUAGGUUAAGAAAGCUACACGCUUUUGGCUUAACACAUGAUUUUUACAGAUAAAUCUAAAAUUAAAAGUAUUGAUAUUUCAGGAAAUAGAUUAAAUAAAAAUAAAUUAUAGGGAUUUAUUAGUUUAGGCUAACAAUUUUAACAGUCUGCAAAAAAAAAUAGUUAUUUGAAAAGCUUUAUCUUAAAUUAGGUUGCUGAUUUAGAUGAAGAGACCUUCAAAGAGUUAGUAAAUUUAAUCUUAUUUGAUGAUCAAUGUUUUAGCUUAGAAAAAGUUUCUCUUUAGAAUACACUUACUGCUGAAAAAGUAAAAACAAUCUAAUAAAAAUUAAAUGAAUUAUAGAACAAGCAAUCGAAUUUAAAGCUUAAACAGAUCUAUUUUGAUAGAAAUAUUCUCAGCUAACCAGAGGAUUUUUUAGCUAUUUUGACUUCUUUUUUCCUAUAAAGCUAAGUAUGUCCUGGCCUUGAAGAUCUAAGCUUUUCUUACUGUAAUUUAAGAUACCAACAUUUAAAGCUUUUGUAUCUCAAAUAUAAAAGCAUUUCAAUUAAACCUUCAAAUGUGAAAAAAUUAUCAUUCAAAGGAAAUGUAAACAUAAGUUCUGAAGGAUGGUUUGUUUUAUCUCAUUUACUUUUCUAAAGUGGUAUUUUCAAGAACUUACAAUCAUUAGAUAUAAGCUACUGCAAAAUUGACGAUACAAUAGUAUCACCCAUCACAAUGAGCUUUAGCCAGGCUUUCCAAGAUCAGCCAGGUUUCAAGCAUCCUUUACUUGAGCUUACUAUCAACGAUAACCCUUAACUUGAAUAAUAUGAGUGGCAAAAUAUUAUGGAAUCUAUAAUUUUCUCUAAAAAAUCAUAAAUAAAGACAUUGAAUGCUUAAAAUUGCAACUUUGACUCAAAGUCCAUGCAAAUGUUUGCUGAAAAUAUCGUGAAAUACAAAGCUAUGCUUGAAAAAGACGGAUUUUUUGAAAAUUCGGACAGACACUAACUUGUUAACUUCAACAUAGCUUAGAAUGAUUAGAUUGAUGAGAAUGCUUGGAAGCAGUUUAUUAGUACUUACAUUUUAAAUAAAUCUGAAAAUGUUGACUAUGAAGAAUAGAUGAAAUAAAAGAUAUAGAUUGAAUAGGCUGAUGCUGCUUAUGUUAAGGAAGAGUUUUAUAAGUUAGAACAGAAAUACAGCUCAAAACUUACUGAGUAUAAAAUAGUGGGUAAGCUUCCUGUUUUCUUGAUAAAGUACCUUAACUUAAAGGGAACGGGCUCUAUAGAUAAUAAUUAGUGGUAAGAUAUAUUUUAACUCUUGAUUAUUAAUGAAAGGUCACAAGUAGAAUUCUUAGGCCUUUCAUAGACUUUCAUAGAGCAUAAGGGAUGGAUGAAUAUAGUUUCUGUUAUCAACUAAUAUAUUUAAUAGCACAAAGAUUUAAUUAAGCUUAAAAUCAUCGAGUUUAAUGAAAAUUCAUAUAUGACUUUAUCUUUGUGGAAACUUGCAUUCAAUAAAUUGUUCUUUAACUUUUAGUUAUGCAAAAUAAAAGCUUUGGAAAUAAAUAAUUGCAAAAUUACCAAAGAAAUUCUAGAAUUUUUUAAAGAUGUUUUAGAUCCAAUGGAGCUUUAAACUCUCAAAAUUAAGAGAAAUCCUCAAGUUGAUUCAUUGAAAGGGUUAGAUAACUCUAAUUUCUCUUAAAUUAAAACUAUAGAUUGUGAAACAUCUGAAAUAGCUACAGAUUAAAUUCCUCCAAAUAUUAUACAUUCGUUAGAGGAACUAACGAUAAAAUUGGCUCUAGGUUCACCACUUGCUUAGAUUUAAAAUUAUUGCAUGACCCUUAAAAAACUUUAGAUUUUAAGAAUCAGAGGACAAGUCAGCAGUCUAGAUGAAGAAUUUUAUUAAAUUAUUUAGUAUGUUAGCUAACAGCUUGAAACUUUCUCUAUGCAUAACUAAAAUGUUAAAUCUGAGGAUCUAUUCCCAUCUAUUGUUUAUGCUAACACAGUUGGAACAAAGCUCAAAAAAAUUGAUUUAUUAGGAACAAAUAUUGGCAUUCAAUCAAUUGAGUAGAUAAGAAAAAACAAGAAAAAAAUAAAUUAAGAAAAUGCUACAGAAAAUAAUAAUGAAAAUAAUUAAGCAAUUGAAUAAAAUACUAAAGAAAAAGAGUAAGAAUAAUUAAAACUUUUAAAGUAAAAAUGGGAUUAAAUUUUAAGCCAAGGCUAUCUAGAUGAGAAUAAUAAAUCUAAAAAUUAGAGCUUAAAUUAUCUCAAUUUAUCAUAAACAAUUGGAGUUUCAUACAGCGGUGAAGAAAGAGACUCAAUAGCCACAACAUUCAUCUUAAAAUAUGCAGCUCGCUACUGUUCUUCACUCUAAGAACUUCAUAUUUAAAAUUGCUUCAUGUCUGAAUCAGCAUUUUAAGAUUUCUGUUCAGAAUAUUAAAAAAAUAAAUAAAUAAACCUUAAGAAACUGGACAUAUCCAAUAAUACAUAGCUUAAAACUUAGAGCUGGAGAGUAUUCUUUGAAAAAGUUUUGUUUUAACAAAAAUCUAAUUUUGAUUAUUUAAAUUUAAGUAAAAACCUAAUUUUAAGAGAAGAAUUUGAAAUAUUAAGAAAGCUCUCAAUUAAAUUUAGUUCAAGUAAUUUUGGAAUUAAGAAAUUGCAUAUGAAGGAGCUUCAAAAAAGCAUAGAUGCUUCAAUUUGGAUUUAAUGCUUUUUCAAAGAUUUUAUUUAAGAGCAUCGAAAUUUUGAGAAAAUCUUUUUGGACGACUCACUAAGUUUAGAUAGCUAGAAUGCUGUUAGUGAAUAUCUCAAACUUUACGUUCAAAACUCCAAUUGUAAACUAAAAUGUGUUUAUGGGUUUUAUGAAAUAGUUUAGAUCUUCAAAUAAAAUAAUCCUGAUCGCUUCCCAGUCAUAAAUAUUACCAAGGAGCUCAAAGAAAACUCAUUGUUUGCUGUCAUUGAAAAGUGGAAAAAGGGAUUAACAAGUGAGAAAAUACAAAGAAUAAAAUUCAAUAAUUGCUUAACAGAAGAAUUUGUUAAUGGUAUACCCCACAUGAAUCUUGAUUUUGUCUAGGAUUUCUUAGAACCUAUAAAUUAAUAGUUUAAUUAUAAGCUAAACUAGAAGGCUAACUAAGUAGAUGUUGAUAUACCAGCUGGAAAAACUGCACAUAUUUUGUGCUUUGAUUAUGAAUCAAUCAAACUUAUGCAAAAGUAUUUUACAGAUGGAUCAUAAAAAAAUGAAUCCUUAAAUCCCUAAGCUGUUGUGCUGAAUCAAUAAGUUGUUGAAUACUUUAGGGAACCAAAAAUUUUUAAACAAAUUUAUUUCAUUUAGCAUAGAUUUUUUGACUCUUUAGACACUCAGUAAGUCUAUGAACUAUACUUGAAAUUUAAAGAUGCUUAAAUUGACAGCAUUAUAAUAGACUACGAUCUAAGAUAAGUAGAGUUAGCAGAUUAUAAUCUCUCAGAAAGAAGAUUAAUCAAUUUCAUAAGGCUCUUCCCUCCUAAAUCCUUAGAAUUAAAUAAUGUUUCCAUUAAUGCACUCAAGGCAAUAUAUUCAAUUGUUUCUUCAAAUGAAAAUUUUAGAUACGCAAACGUUAACUUUUCCUCUCAAUCCUUCAUAAAUAAUGGAAUAGCUUUCUCCUUAAGGGAGUCUUUGUACAUGGGAAGGAAAAGGAAGAAUAUCAUUUUAAAAGCAUUCGAUUCUAUUGCUUAUGCGUUUUUAGAUAUCUUUUGUGGAGAAGCUGGAGUUUAUAAAUUCGAUGAGACAAUACCAAUUCUAAAUAAUAACUUGAAGACUUAGAGAUUUUAUUUUAACCUAAUGAUUUUUUUGGCAAUAAUUUAUUAUACUAUUUUAAUUGGAUGUCCUUACUUUAUGACAAAAGCCUAUGGUGUUUUUGUAAAAACAAAACCUGGUGUGGCUUGGUAAUCCCAUUAUGUUUAUGCUGCGUUUGCUGGAAUUAGUUUUAUAAUUGAGGUUAUAAUUUAUCAUUAUAUUUACAAAUAAAUAAGACACCUUCUUCCUUAACUAAUUGACGUUGAGAAUGUGGAUGAAGAGGACACAUCUUUUAUGAGCAAAAUUAAGAGAUUCUUCAAAGAAAGAUAAUCUUUACUUGAGUGGGUUUCUUAUAUUUUGCAGCUUGCUUUUUCUUAAAUAGAUCGUUUUGAUUUAUAUUCAGAUGUUUGUUUUAUUGUUAUUUGCUUUAAAAUGGAAGAGUAUGUUAUCGGUUUCAUCAGUUUAGUGGUAAUUGCUAAUCAACUAUUAGUAAACAUCUUCAAACUUCUAAUUUACAUAUACGUUGCGAUUGUUAAAGACAAAAGAAGAGUAUUAAACACUCAUGAAAUCAACUCAUUUUGUGAAGUAUCAAAUCUGGUUGAAUUUGAAGCAGUGAAUAACAUUCUAGAUACAGUUGCUCCUUAUAAUAUUUCCUUUGUUCCAAAUAAUUUCCUAUUCAGAUUCUUAUUUCCAACAGCAGCAGGAUAGAGUAUAUCAAAUAGAUUAAUGCAUUCUAUUUAAAAAUUCCUUCUAGAAGAUGUUAUUUAAAUUUUCUUGUAAGCAGCUUUCGUAAUUGACUAAGGAAAAGACGAUUUAACAGUUAUGCUUUCUAUUGCAUCAAGUAUUCUUUCACUGUUGAAAGCAUUCUACAAGUUCAUGAGUAUUAGACCCACAACAAUUUCCUAACUAGAUUUUGAUUAUUUGUCAAGAAUAAAGAAAAACAAAUAAACCGAAUAUAAUAAUUAACUUACACUUUAUAGAAAUAACAUGCUCUAAAAUAUACAAUACUCAGUAGAUAAAUACAUUCCUAAUUCUAUUAUUGACAUAAAAAAGGCUGAAAAUACUACUGCUGAAUAAAAAAAGCAAGCACAAAAAUGA